CAAAUAUCUAAAACUGUGCUACAUUUUCCCAAAUCAACACGCCAUUCCACCACUGUUAGUUGCGUAUCGCUGUCAUGGCGGACCGCGGUGGAAUAUUUCAGAACAGUGGAUAUCAGAGACCACCAUUUCAAGAAGCCAGUCUCGAAGGAGACAUUAAUGCCGAACUACCAUCGGAAGACAAAGUAUUCAACACCCUCGAUGAGCCUGUCGUUACAACUAUCGGUCGUGACCUGAAAGCGAUUGGUGUGAAGUUCGUUCAUGUCCUGUACCCGAAGCAAAAACGAACACUACUCAAGGACUGGGAUCUAUGGGGACCUCUCAUCCUAUGUGUCUUUCUUGCAUUAAUGUUACAGAAACCCGGUGCUCCGCAAGACGACGGAGCCCCACAGUUUGCGCAAGUGUUUGUUCUCGUCUGGGCAGGAGCUGCAGUGGUCACCCUUAACUGCAGGCUACUUGGAGGUGCCAUCUCAUUUUUCCAGAGCGUUUGCGUCCUUGGUUACUGUCUUCUUGCGCCCUGCAUCGCACUACUCAUCUGCAGGGCUAUCCUGUUGGCCGGAGAACAAACAGUCAUCCUCUUCUUCAUCAGGUUUUUCGUCACAAUGCUGGGAUUUGGAUGGGCCACUUUUGCUUCAACAGCUUUUCUUGGAGACAGCCAACCGUCAGGGAAGAAAGCGCUGGCCGUCUAUCCGAUAUGCCUCUUCUACUUUGUCAUCAGCUGGUUAAUAGUGUCGAGGUCACCGUAGGCGUAGCGGUGUAAAAUCCUGCGACAUCUGUCAGUCCACUGUGUGGGUAGCCAGACAACGCCGGAGAGAUUAAAUGACCAAUUUUUCCCGUGUUGGCCAAACUUUCCUGAGCAAAGGAAAUGUACGAGUAGGCACAUUGAAUGUUUGCCAGAGCGUAGAGUGACAGUGAAGCCAUUCCAAGCCUUUUAUCUUAUUCUUUGUAUAUUGUAGACAAAGUGCUUCUUCCUUUUCUGCUGUAUUUUUUGUUUUUUUUGUUCAACUUUAAGAGGAAGAAAAAAAAGACUUUCAUUGAGAUGCUGUGAUACAUGAACCAGCUUUUUGAGACAGGUGUGUAUGAAUGUGGGGCCGACGUACCAUUCUUGUUCUGGAGAUUUUCAGAAAUUGGCAACGCAGGGAUGCACCAGACUUCCUUCAUUUGCCCUUGACGACGACAUGUGACAUUUUUAGUUGAUUCUUACGCUUCAGUUAUUUUCUGUUUAUAAGUAUUUUUUGACGCAUCGAUUUCUGUAUCGUUACUAUUGAAAGACUGAUAUCUGCUCUAGACAGCAUUGAUCUAGUCAAGUGUGUUCAGCUGCAUUGCAGCUCAUUUUCUAUUAUUCGUAUGGGUGUGUGUCAAUAAAACAUUUUUUUUAGGCUGCUUGAAAAUAU